CCCACUUCCAUUUUUCUAUGUUCGGACGAUGACAGCAACUUAUCCGGCGCCCCUCCUGGGACCGUAAUCCUACGCAUCCCUGUUCAAGCAAAACCCGCCUCGUGUCACAUACGGACGACGCGGUCUUUUGGUGGUGUCAGACUCAAAGAGUCAGGGUCAGACUGUUUUCGAGCGACACUUCGAAGCGAGGCUUUAUAAAUGAUACGUGUCCUUUUAAUUCUCUAAUAAACAGGUCCAUCUUCGGACCAUUGUUAGAUCUUUAGGAUAUUUUUUUUUUCUCCCGGAUAAUUAUAUACAAUGAUUCAGGCUUGGAUUAUGUGUUAGAAGUCAGACCUUUUCGUUAAGUUCGUGGAAAGUUUUGAGGUCGAGGCUCUCCGACUCUUUUGAAAGCAGUCUUCCCUUUCUCUCUCUGAAUUAUUUGGCUUUUAUUUUAGCUUCUCUCUAUUUUUGGUCAGAUUUUCUACUCUUCUUCAUUUGGGUUUUUGUUGUAAUCUCCUUGAACUUAAGAACUUGCCAAUACUUGGUGUUCUUGCUUUGAUUCUUUCUCUGUUUCUAGAAUUUUCAGCCGUGCCAUUUCUUGUUUCUAAAAUUUGUUUGGCUUUGUUUUCUUCUUGUUGCUGUUUGGGGCUUUUGGACCGAUUGUGAAUUUUGAAAUAGAACAGUACUAGUGAUUUUUUAUUUUUGUGUGCGCGCGUGAGAGAGUUUCAAUUGGAGUGAGUUGAGAUGGAGGAGCGAUAUGAACCAAUGAAAGAGCUUGGUUCAGGGAAUUUCGGAGUGGCGAGGUUGGUAAGAGAUAAGAAGACAAAGGAGCUUGUUGCUGUCAAGUACAUAGAAAGGGGGAAGAAGAUUGAUGAGAAUGUUCAGAGAGAAAUCAUUAACCACAGAUCUCUGAGGCAUCCAAACAUUGUCAGGUUCAAAGAGGUUUUGCUGACUCCUACACAUUUAGCUAUUGUCAUGGAAUAUGCAGCUGGUGGUGAACUCUUUGAGAGGAUAUGCAGUGCUGGUCGAUUUAGCGAAGAUGAGGGCAGAUUUUUCUUCCAGCAGCUAAUCUCUGGAGUCAGCUACUGUCAUACCAUGGAAAUUUGUCACAGGGAUCUUAAACUGGAAAACACACUAUUGGAUGGGAGUCCAACGCCAAGACUUAAGAUUUGUGAUUUUGGCUACUCCAAGUCUGCUUUGUUGCACUCCCAACCCAAAUCAACAGUUGGAACACCUGCAUACAUUGCACCAGAGGUUCUCCAACGAAAGGAGUAUGAUGGAAAGAUUGCAGAUGUUUGGUCCUGUGGUGUGACACUAUAUGUAAUGUUGGUGGGAGCAUACCCAUUUGAGGAUCCCGAUGACCCUAGAAAUUUUCGCAAGACAAUUGGAAGAAUAAUGAGUGUUCAGUACUCCAUACCUGACUAUGUACGCGUGUCUGCAGCUUGCAGGCAACUACUUUCACAUAUUUUUGUUGCGAAUCCUGGCAAGAGGAUCACUAUCCCUGAGAUAAAAAACCAUCCUUGGUUUCUGAAAAACUUGCCAAAAGAGCUUGUAGAAAUUGAGAAGACAACCGGUGAGGAAGCAAAAUAUGACCAACCAAUUCAGAGUGUGGAUGAAGUUAUGCAGAUCAUACAAGAUGCAAAGAUUCCAGGGGAAGGAUCCAAAGCUGGUGGGGAAGCUGCUGCCGGGGCAUCGGACGUUGAUGACAUAGAGGCUGAUAUUGAAUCUGAAGUCGAUGUCAGUGGCGACUAUGUCACUGCUAUGUGAACAUGGCUUGGGAUACAAACUUUAGUCUGCAUUUAUUCUGUUGAUCACAUUGUAGUUUGUACAGGACUAUGCUGGAAACUCGUGCACAAGUAACUUUGAACCAAGUAUCAAUUUGGGUUUUAUGUAUCAAU